CGCGUCACUGGGAGGGUCAGCCGCGCUGCUAAGACCCUAAAACUUUACACUAUUUAAAAAUCCUGCUCUGUUUUCAGAACAGCUCGGUGUAGUCUUUAAGAAGGAGAGGGAGGAAGAAACACAAUGUUUGUGGUUGCAGUUUUGAUCCUGCUGAGGUCGCUGUUUCUCUGUGGCCAUGUGGAGGCGGGGUCCAGCUAUUUUGAGGAGCUGAAGUCUACUGCAUUGUCAAUGGACAAACCUCUGAACUGUUACAAGUGGGACUGCAAGUGUGCUUUCGAGCGCCAGCGUAGCUGCUGCUGUGGCGCCAAUGAGUUGUAUGCUCUUGAGGACGAUACCUAUGAAAAGAUUAAAAGUCUGUGGUAUGAUAUCAGCAUGCUGAAGUACAGUGUCCUGGGGCUCACAGAGAGCUACAAGAUUUCCUUCAAGGCCACAAUGGACCCGAGUAUGGCCACACCUAUUCCUGGCACUGAAGAACGUUGCUUUGGUCCCUUCAAUUCAAAUGUGCCGAUUCCAUACACCAUUGUCUCCCUGAAUGAUGGCAACGGAUACAACCCUUCUUGGGGUGCCUUCACCGCUCCUAUUUCUGGUGUUUAUCACUUCUCCUUCACAGUCUACUCAACUGUGGCAAAAACAGAGCGCCUGUACCAUAAAAUUCAAAUGAUGAGGAAUGGUGUUGUGAUCGUCAGCGUGUGGGAAAACAAUCGCGAAGAUAGCGAAGACAGUGGCACUCAGGUCGCCAUCCUGUAUCUUCAGAAAGGAGAUCAGGUUUACAUGGAGCUGAUGUCCGGGAGGAAGCUCUGUAACCACCUGCAGCACAACAUCUUUACAGGCUACAUGGUGUACCCCAGCCCUGAUGACUACUAUCAUUAGCUAAGGAUCUGGACCAACUAAACUUUGUCGCUCCAUGUCCUUAAAAGAAUCCAUACAUUUCUCCACAGCCCCCAUAGAUUUAGUAGAGCACAAGUUAAAGACUAACACACAGACAGACCUCUGCAUAUGUAGGCACUAAUGAUCUCACAUCAGAUAGGUACAGUCAUAUUUUUGUAUAGCAUGGAGAAUAAAGAUGCAUUUUGAGAUACUG